AUGUCUCUCAUGCCGGGGCACCCGGUGCCUCGCUCUCAGUGGGUGGAAUCUGCGGAGGUCUGUGCGGCAUGCGGCAAGCGGUUUAGCUUUUUUACCUCCAAGGAGAACUGCCCGUGCUGCGGGCGACUUUUCUGCUCCUCGUGUCUCUCAGCGCAAUGUACGCUGUUCCCGAUGUCUGCACCCAAGGCCGUGUGCAUCGAUUGUUUUCGGAAAACUCAAGACUGGCGUCUUUCUCAACUCGAGCAGCACGCGGCCCUGACACCGGCGGACGUAGGCGCCGCAUCACUUCCUCUCUCUACCUCGAUGGAGGCGCUGGAGUUGAAGCUGAAAGCGCUCGAUGAGGAGUUCGAUCGCACCAAAGCCGACACCCGUCGCCUUCGCGAGGAGAACGACACACUCAUCAAUCUCCUCACUGCCAAAGACACCUGUAUUGCAGAGCUGACGGAGGAGCUCAUGAAGGCCGUUGCCUCAGCCGACGCGGCAGCACAAUCGGCAGAGAAGCUACAGCUGCAGUUGCGGGACGAAAGGGACCAGAGGGAGAGUACAGCACGACAACUUGAGGAGGCUGAGCAGAGAGCAGCAAGUGCUGCUCAGGCUAGCGAGGCCAUGAAUGCCCAGAUCCAGGAGCACAUGCAGGCGAAAGUAGAGUGGGAAGCGUCGGCGGUAAAGCUGCAAUCCGCCGUGCGGAAGGCGGAGGACAUGUCUGUGCAAAGUGCCGAGGAGCUGAGCGAGUUGCGCGCCGCGAUGAAGACCAUGAACACCUACAGUGAGGAGAAGAUCAAGCAACUGACUGCCCAGCUGCAGUCGAUUGUAGAAGCCAGCACUCACCUUCAGAAGGACUACGACCGUAAUGUAGAGUCUCUGCGCGCAGCGGAGCAGUCUCGAAUUGCUUCAGAUGCGGCGCACGACAAGGAGCUGCAGCGCCUCAGAGAGGACCUCUCAAAGGCGACAUCUGCCCUGGCCCAGGCACAGGAGCGAUACGAGCGGCAACAAAUUAGCGCACCGAAAAUUACUGACGACGCCGCGGCUGUCGAUGGGGUAGAGAAGCAGCGUGAGAUCGCUACUCUUAAAGAACAGCUCGCUUCUUCUAGUGCUGCGCAGCGGCACCUUCAAGGCGAGCUCGACCGUGCAGUGGAAGAGGCUUUACGAUUGCGUGAAGAUGGCGCCCUCAAGUCGGAGGCCGCCAGGGCGCUAGUGUCGGAGCUGCGCACACAACUGAACGCUCAAAGGACAGCAGUCCAACAAGAUUUACCGCGGGAGCAGGAGGCGAACGCACGCCUCCGUGCAGACCUGGCAGAGAAGGAGCGGCUUGUUACGAAGCUGCGGCGUGGCUGUUUUGAGGCAGCCACGGCGGUGCGAGCGGAGCUGGGGGAUCUUCGCGGGAAGCUGGUGGAGACGAAGCUGUCGUACGAGGAGGGGCUGCGCUCGUGGCAGACGUGGCUGAGCGAGCUGCGUGCUGCGGUGGAGGCGGCGCUGCAGCAGCAGGUGUUGAUAUCGGCAGCCGCAUCACCAUCGGACAUCGCUGCACUGCCGCACGUCCCCGCAGCGACCAAGUCACGAUGGGCCCAGGCUACUAUUGUAGAGGAACUGCAGUACGUAAGUGUUUCCAAUGUCAACGUGGGCACUAUCGCGCCUGUGCCUGGUCUUGAGAAGUGGGAGUUCGACACUGUUGCCGAAGCACAGCGGGGUGGCGAGGCCGACGUCCUCAUGCGCAUUGGCCACCAGAUCGCGCUGAAUUUAAACCUCUUUCCUGACAGGGCCUCGCAGCACCGGUGGGUGUGUCUGCUGGCAACGGUACAGGCAAACUACCGCGCCAACCCGUACCACAACAGAGUGCACGCGGCGGAUGUGAUGCAGGGCGUGUAUGCGCUUAUAUGCCGCUGCCCUGGCCUGCUGGCGCACAUGACGACCGUAGAGAAGCGCGCAGUUGUGUUUGCAGCUGCCGUGCACGACAUCCGACACCCCGGCCGAUCAGAGAUGUUUCUUAGAAAUACGUUUGACGCGAUGUACAUGCGCUACAACGCAUCGCAGGUACUUGAACAGAUGCACACGGCAACGGCCUUUCACCUUCUGGCAACACCGGAGCUCGACUUCACGCACGGCGACAUGAGUGACACGGAGGCCCUGGAGUUCCACGGCCUUGUUGCAGCGCUCAUUGGCUGCACCUUCAUGGGGCGCCACGCGUCGUUGAUGGAGCAGUGGUCGCGCCCUCUCCAGGAAGGCAAAACGUAUGACGUGACUGUUGCCGCGGAUCGACAGCAGGCACUCUCGCUGUUUUUGCACGCUGCCGAUAUCGGGGCGCAGGCUCGUGGGCUGGCGGUGGCGCCGAAGUGGCUGGGCAUUGUGGAAGAGAUGCGCGCGCAGGGCGACGAGGAGGCGGCGCGCGGGCUACCACCGAGUCCGGGGAGCAGCCGGAGUGCGAGUCUUGAGAGGGGACAGCUCUUUUUCAUGGAGAUGUUUGUCGUUCCGCUGUUCGACCUUGUGCACCAGAUGUUCCCUUCCAUUGAGUCUCCAAUGCGGAAUCUGCGCGCGCUACACGCGCACUAUUGCGCGGCGCUGCAGGAGACACGUGAGUUCCCUCCCCCUGUGCAGUACAGGACAGCCACGAAGCCGGUGAGCAACACGGUGGAAACGACCCGCACAGAGGCCCUGGAUGCGCGCGAGGCUGCACUGAAGAAGCGGGAGAAGGCACUGAAGCAAGCAACACAGCGACUGCGGGAGGCGACGGCGACCGUGGCUGAUCGGGAGAGGCAAGUUGGGGAAAAGGAAGCCGCUGUGAUGAGAGCGGAGACUUCUGUAAGCACUCAUCGAAACGAAAGGCGGUCAGUCCCCUCGUCGAUCGAUGAAGAGAAGCUGCUGCGCGCCACUACUGCCGUCAUCGCGCGCGAGGCACGGGUGGAGCGGGGGGUGGAAAAUGUGGAGAAGAUGACGGCAGCGUUGGAGGAGAGAGAGGCGAUUGCGUCUCGUCUCACUGAGCAGCUGGCCACUAUUGCCGAAAAAGUGAAUCAACGCCGUCAACUCUUGCGCUACCGUGAGGCGCGCGUGCGGGGAUUGGAGGCGGCGUUGCGUGCUGAGAGGUUAGGUAACGUCUCGUCGGAGGAUUACAUCACGGGGCUGGCGAGUUGUCCUCUGGUUAAGCCAGUUACGACUGCGACGCGGUUUGAUCGUGUGUCGCCGCCUGCUGUGGUGGUGGUGAAAUUGGAGAGUGCACUGGAGAAACUCACUUCUGCGUUGCGGUACAUGUAG